AUGGCUUCAGGCCAGCGCAUACACAGCGCCGUCCUGAAGCAGCUCAUACGCCCGCAUACACCAUGCAGGGCUGCGCAUUAUGCGCCAUUGGCAUCCCGCCGUGCCGAGUUCCCGCCCAGCGGCCUCGCCACGCGGCGGUGGGACGGCGCAGCAUGCACGACGAUCGGGAAUAAGACAUCACGCGGCUUCUCUACCGGCCGAUCAUUACGCAUACAGUUCAACGAGGACGGCUUUUCCUCAUCUGGCGGCAGCCACAGCAGCAGCAAUGGCGGCAGAGGCAAUAAUGACGAACCCUCGCUGGGCUACAAGAUGCUCGAGUCGGCCGCGACGUCCUUCGCGUCGGUGCUGGUCCUAGCAGUGGGGUUCGCGAGCGCCGCCUACGCGUACCACAAGUUCUACAAGAAGGUGCAGCUGCAGAAGAUGGCCAACGCCUUCGAGCCGGGCGACCCCGUGCUGGAGAUGGCCGCCCUGGGCAAGGGCCUCACCAAGUCGGGCUCCAGGCCCUCCAACGUCCACCGCAACGGCGACGACGUCGACAAGGACCACUGGGUCCAGCGGCCCGAGCAGGCCAUCAUCGACGCCAUCGUCAGCGGCCACGAGUACGGCCACUACCACCUCCUUAUUGGGGAGAAGGGCACCGGCAAGAGUAGCAUGUUGAUCGAGGCCAUGCGUAAGAUUGACGGUGAUGGUGUGGCCAUGUUCGAAGCACACUCCGACCUGGAAAUAUUCCGGAUCCGGCUCGGCAAGGCCCUGGACUACGAAUUCCACGAGGACUACAUCGGCGGGUACUUCAGCGAGAAGGGGCCAAGAGAUACAACCGCAUUGCUAGACAUCGAGCGAGCCCUCAACAAGCUGGAGAAAGUCGCGCUCGAUCGCCGGGCGAAGGUCGGCCGUCCGCUGGUGAUCAUCAUCAACCAGAUGCACUUGAUCCGUGACGAUGAGGACGGCAAGGACCUCUUCGAGCUGCUGCAGCAGCGCGCCGAGAUGUGGGCCGCCUCGAACCUCGUGACCAUGGUCUUCAACUCGGACGACUACUGGGUCUACGAGCGCCUCAAGCAGCUCGCCACCCGCAUGGAGGUCCUCAGCGUCCAGGACCUGCCCAAGGCCCCCGCCACCGCCGCCCUCAAGCGCUACCGCGCCCGCUACUUCCAGGAGAGGCUGUCCGAUGACAUGGCCACCCAGAUCUACGACAAGGUCGGCGGCCGCCUGACGUUCCUAAAUCGUGUCGCCAAAAGCAUCGAUAUGCUUAAGACUUGCGACGACAUUAUGGAGGUCGAAAAGACUUACUUCCUGAACCAGUGCUGGAUCCUGGGAAUGGAAAUGGACGAUGACGUGAUGGACCAGCAGAAAUGGGCUGCCGCAGCGAUGGUCCUAGCCCUGGCGCUGGUAGACCGCGAGCGCGAGCUCGACGAAGCGGAGACCUACGACCCGGUGGUCGGGCACAGGCUGCCGUGGUUCCCGAUGCACAAGGCGCAGGAGAUCCAGACGCGCGCCGACUUCGUGCGGCAGCUCGACCGCAUGAACCUCUUCACCAUCACGAGCACCGCCCAGAUGCGCGCCUCCAGCGUGCCCAUGCACCGCGCCUUCCGCGAGAUCUGCGCACAGCCCGGCUUCCGCGAGCACCUCGACGCCACGAUCCAGCGCAUCUCCGACAUCGAGAGCCUCGGCCGCACGCGCGAGCUUGUGGCCAAGGACCUCGUGCUGGGCGGCAAGUAUGAGAUCGGCAAGGAGGGCAGCGGGUGGGACAGCAAGGUCAUCGUCUCGCUCAGGCAGCCGCCGGAGGAGGAUGGCGACGGCGAUGGCGACGACAAAUGA